AGAUCAUAAUACUAUAAUUCUUCCAUAUUUUUCCCUACCAAAAUUAUCGUGUUAUAAAUUAUUGCUUUAGAACCCUUGAUUACCUGCAUCUUUCUCUCCUAAUUCCCCUUAUCUAUUUUCCUUUUUAAUUUCCAAAAUUCUCACUUUCAUGACAUUUGACCAAGAAACCACUAAAAAAAUAUCCAUCUUGAAAUCUAAUGUAUUAAAAGGAGCUUUCUUUUUUGAGUCUACUCUCAUCCAUCUCUGAACAACUCUUAUAUGCAUCUUCAGCUUUCCAAAUUCUUUCUUAAGUUUGAAGAACCCAACUUGGGUUUUCUCGCUUUUUCUAGUUCUAAUCUCUAAAGGGUCUCUAAAUUUGCCUCUCAAUUUCACAAAUUCUCCUUCUUUUGGACAAGACCUCUUGCUUAAUUAGUAUUUCUCAUAAAGGGCUUUAAUUGGUGUCUUCUAAUUUAAAAGUUUGGCCUUUUCUGGGUUUUAUGGAGCUGCCAAACUUUUAGCUUUAAUGGGUACAAGGUCUAUUUCUUUGGAUUCUCCCGAUUCUCUUUAUGAAAGGAAUCUCAUAGAUGAUUCAGAUAAGGUUAACCGAAAUGAGGAAAGAAUCCUGAAACUUCACGAGUCAAACGGGGUGGUGGAACAGACCUCAAGUCCAUUAAAAAGAGAAGUAAUUAACAGGCUAUCUUAUUCUUUUUCAAUGAAAUCUCAUGAGAAUGAUGAAAUUGACUUGGAAGGCGGCAAGUUGGUAAAAGAUAAAGAUAAGCCAACACGUAGUAAAGGUGUAAUUAGAAUACAGAAUCAGGCCUUAUUUUCUGGCAUUGCUUAUUGCAUUUCCUCCUGCAGCAUGAUACUGGUUAACAAAUAUGUGCUUUCCAGUUAUGAUUUUAAUGCUGGGAUUUCAUUGAUGCUUUACCAGAAUUUCAUCUCAGUUAUUAUUGUGUCAACAUUGAGAUUUCUGGGUGUAAUAUCAACAGAACCUCUAACUUGGAGAUUGAUUAAGGUCUGGCUGCCUGUAAACUUUAUAUUUGUCGGGAUGCUCAUCACAAGCAUGUUUAGUUUGAAAUACAUCAAUGUUGCCAUGGUCACAGUCCUGAAGAAUGUUACUAAUGUCAUUACUGCUCUUGGUGAAAUGUAUCUAUUCCAAAAGGACCAUGACAGUAGAGUAUGGGCUGCUCUGUUUUUAAUGAUUAUAUCAGCCAUUUCUGGAGGAAUUACUGAUCUCUCUUUCCAUGCUGUUGGCUAUGCAUGGCAGAUCCUUAACUGUUUCCUAACAGCAUCUUAUUCGCUGACUCUACGCAGGGUUAUGGAUACAGCCAAGCAAGUCACAAAAUCUGGAAACUUGAACGAGUUUUCAAUGGUUAUGCUAAAUAAUACCCUUUCUUUGCCACUGGGGCUUAUUCUUAUUUUUGUUUUCAAUGAAGUGGACUAUCUCUCCAGAACACCACUUUUGAGGUUACCUACCUUUUGGUUGGUUGUGACGUUGAGUGGUUUUUUGGGUCUGGCAAUUAGCUUCACUUCUAUGUGGUUUCUUCAUCAAACAGGGGCUACCACAUAUAGUCUUGUGGGGUCACUGAACAAGAUUCCUCUGUCUGUCGCCGGCAUCCUUCUGUUUCACGUGCCCACCAGUUUGCAAAACUCAGCAAGCAUUUUUUUCGGUCUUCUGGCAGGAGUGAUUUUUGCUAGAGCCAAAAUGCGAGAGAGAUCUUAGAGCUGACUAUCCCGACUUGUUGUAUUUGUUGUACACAUGAUUGAGACAUGCAACCGACUGAAUUGCAUCUGACCAGUGGCAUACAUCAUAGACCUGGGAAUCGGUUGAGCAGUUCCCUUGAUGAGGAAAACAUGGCAGCACAUCUUUUUCUUUCAGGUGAGCUGUUUCAUGUUGAACUUCCAUUUUGACCAAGAUCACAGGAUUUUGUUGCGAUGCAUUGAGCAUCUAGUUUUGUUGUAUUGCAGAAACCAUCAUGUAUAAUUUAUAGGGCCUUGUUUUGUCCCUGUAUUUUCUGUGUUGUUCUUAUAGAUUCUUUUAUUGGAUAUGAAAUGGCAUGAUAUAUUUUCCA